AAGCUUGCUUGAGAUGCUUCUCCGAAUGCAGAGACCACAUUGCGUGAAGUUCAUCGGCAAGCACGCUCAUUGAUUACAAAUGUACUCGACUAUUGUCUCUUCUUAGUAGAUACUGCAGUAACGUUAUUUUUUCCCGUGUUAUGUGUUUUCAGGUAUUACAGCUACCAAAAGUUGUGAGGCUUUAAAAUAAAAAAAAAAAAAAAAGGGAAAAUGAGAAAUCUGAAACUUCUUCACUCACACCUAGUAAUAGCACCACUUGACCUGACAGGCUGCAGCCACAUCACAGUUAACCCUGACACAGGUCAUGUAAUCCUUGUGACCAACACAGAUGCUCUAGUUCUUGAUCCAGCAACUUCAGAGAUAAUUCACAGAAGGUCGCUCUUAGUUGAUGAAGUAUUGUCAGAAAGUGGUACUGGAAAAGUCAUAGGCUUACAGUUCUUACCUGACCAGCAUGGUACCUGCAUUGCAACAAGCAAUGGAAACCUUUCACUGUGGAUUCCAGAUGUUGAUGAGUUUGAGUGUGUUGGAGUUGUGGAGAAUGGCCUAUCUACCAUGUGUUGGAGCCCAGACCAAGAAUUGUUUAUACUCAUUACAGGUAAAGGCAUGGCUGUCAUCAUGACACGGGAGUUUGAGGCAAUCACAGAAAUUCUUUUGCACUCUGAGGAAUUUGGUGAAGGAGAAUUUAUAACAGUAGGCUGGGGUAAGAAAGAGACUCAGUUUCAUGGGUCAGAGGGCAAGCAAGCAGCCAAGCAAAAGAGAGAGAAUCUUCAGCCAGCAUCAGCGUCAGAUGAUCUGAUGCCUCGAGUCAGUUGGAGAGGCGAUGGUCAGUUGUUUGCUAUCAGCAGCAUCAACCCAUCAACAGGGGCCAGAAUUAUCAGAGUGUGGUCACGGGAAGGAAUCCUACAAUCUACUUCUGAGCCCAUGAAUGGUCUUGAACAGGCACUGGCUUGGAAACCUUCUGGAUCUCUGAUUGCAUCUACGCAAAGAAAACCCAAUAAACAUGACGUUGUUUUCUUUGAAAAAAAUGGUCUUCAACAUGGAGAGUUCACCUUGAACUUUGGAUUAAAUGAAGUUGUGGUUAAAGAACUAAUGUGGAAUCCAGACUCGACAAUUUUAGCAGUAUGGAGUGAAGAUUUACCAAAUUCCUCAGGUGAAAAUACAUUCCAUAAAUCACAUGUUCAGUUAUGGACAUGUAGCAACUAUCACUGGUCACUGAAGCAAAACCUGACGUUUAGUUGUAAACAUGGCAAUGUGGUGGCAAUGAUCUGGGACCCUGAGCAUUUUGGUCGCUUGCACUUAGUUACCUCCACUGGACAGUAUCUGCAAUAUACAUGGACUAGUGUAACCAAUCACAGUCAUGGUCAGACGUCACAUGAUCCUGCCAAUGUAUUUGUUAUCAAUGGAAGCACAGUUGGAAUCACUCCAUUGAGGAAAAUGGUGGUGCCACCACCGAUGUCUGCAUAUCAGUUACAUCUUCCAUCACAUGUCAGUCAAGUAACUUCCCCUACAUUUCCACCAAAUAUUGCUGGAGACAUUGCUGUUCUGACAGACGACAACCAGCUCAUUAUCUUUGGUGAAUGCACAGAAACAGCAGCCACUGUAUCUGGAGACAUUUCAAGGCUAGAUGCAGCUGGUGGACGGGGAUUCAGACCACAGUGCACAAUACCUAAUCAGAAGGCUAGCUACAGCCUUGUUCUUCCAGGUACUGUUUCAAACUUUCCACUGUCCAUAACACAUAUGUGUUGGCCAAGGCAAGAUACUUUUGUAUUCAGUACUCAUGGAUUGUCUGGUCCUGUGCUUUGUUUAUGUCAACUGCCGCAAGAAAAACAUUCAGUUCAGACAAAUCCACUUGAGUUGGGCUCCCUGAUUCCAGUUGAGGAGAGUGUUAUUAGCCUUGCUGCAGACAUAGAAGGACAAAAUGUGGCCGUGCAAUUAGUCAGUGGCUUGGUGCUGAAGUUAUGCCUAGAUACUGGGACUUUGUUACCAUGGGAGACGAAGCAGAAACAAGAGCUGAAAUUUCCACACAUCAGUCCACAAAUGGAGAUCACCAGCUUUGCUGGAGAGGAAGUGGUGGUCGGACUUACAGAUAGGUUCAGAUUCUACGUCAAUAAUGUGGAAGUGGCAUCAAAUUGCACAUCUUUUGCAAUACACAAUGAAUUCCUACUCCUGACUACACUUAGUCAUACUGUUCGCUGCAUACACAGGCACACAUCAGUCAGAGAUCUGGCAAGCUUAUCUGAUGGUAAGGCACACCCAUUUGAUGAGAGUAUUCGACGUGUGGAGAGGGGAUCACGCAUUGUUGUUGUGGUGGCAGAAGACACUAAAUUGGUGUUACAGAUGCCACGAGGCAAUCUAGAAACCAUUCAUCCUCGAGCUUUGGUUUUGUCAUCUGUGAGGAGGCUCCUGGACAGAUAUGAAUAUUCCAAGGCAUUAAUCAUCAUGAAAAAGCAUCGCAUCAACUUGAAUCUUAUUCAUGAUCACAACCCCCAAGCCUUUCUCGAGCAUGUGUCCAAUUUCAUCCAGCAGAUCAGUUCAGUGUCAGACCUUAAUCUCUUUCUGACAGAGCUACAGGAUGAAGAUGUAACAAAAACCAUGUACACAGCAGCUUAUGACCCUGUGACCAAAAGUGCAGCAUCUGCAGUGCUUGUUGCUGCCACUUCCUCCAAGUGUGCUGUUAGCAAAGUAGAUAUCAUAUGUGACACUGUGCGUUCUGCUCUGGAAAGAGAAGAUGCAGAAAAAUAUCGGCUGUGUAUCUUGACUGCCUUUGUCAAGAAGUCAUCCCCAGACCUUCAGAAAGCUCUUGAACUAAUCUGGGCAUCAAAAAGUGAGGUAAGAUCAUCUGGUUCAGCCGAGGAAGCGCUGAAAUAUUUGCUGCUGCUUGUGGAUGUUAACAAACUCUAUGAUGCAGCCCUUGCCACCUACAACUUCGACCUUGUGCUGAUGGUGGCUGAGAAGUCACAAAAGGAUCCUAAAGAGUACAUCCCUUUCUUAAACCAGCUGAGAAGAAUGGAAGAGAACUACUGCAAGUUCACUAUAGACAGGCAUCUGAAAAAGUACUCCUCAGCUCUCCAUCAUAUAGCCCUUUGUGGGCCAGAACACUUCAAUGAAUGUGUGGACUUAGUCCAGGGGCACAAGUUGUAUACAGAAGCACUGAAGCUCUUUUCUCCAGACAGCCAACAGUUCAAGACACUAGCUCAAGAAUAUGGCUGCUACCUCAAAGAGAAGAACAGGCAUGACGAAGCUGGUAUAGUGUUUGCCAGAGCAGAGCUUUGGCAGAUGGCAUUUGAUGCCUUUGUAGCAGCUCUGGACUGGAGGAAAGCUUUUUGUAUGGCUGCACGUUUGCAGCUUGAUGCAACACAAAUUGCAGAAAUGGGUCGCAAACUAGCAGUUCGACUGAAAGACAGCAAACAAUUUUGUGAAGCAGCAGUUGUUUAUGAGCAAUAUGCAAAGGAUAUUGAAGAAGCAGUGGCAACAUUAAUAGAGGGCAGCCAGUGGUCUGAGGCUUUGCGCCUUAUGUACACUUAUCAACGAAUAGACAUAGUUGAAACUCACUUGAAGAAGGCCAUCGCCAAUGCUUGCACUGAAACCAAGGCUAUGUUGGAAAACCAGCAGGCUGAGAUGGAACGAUAUGUGCAGCGUUUAGCAACUGUGCGGCAAGAAAAAGAAUGUACACGGAAAAUGCUUUUGAUGCAAGACCACAAUGACAAUAUGGCAGACCUUUUGUCUGACAUCACCAGUGUUACAGGCGAAAGCAUUCAGUCAUCGAAGUACUCUGUGGAUAGCAAUCGAUCCACUGUCUUCAGCAAAGCAACUGGGCGAUCAAACAGGACUCGGCGAAAGGCAGAGCACAAGAAAUGGAGCCUCAAAGAGGGAAGUCCAUUUGAAGAUUGUGCCUUGAUUGAUGCUAUAGCCAAAAUCAUCAAAACUGUGGACAGCAUGCGAGAAGAAAUAAAUAGCCUGCUCCAAGUUCUUGUGGAGUUCCAUCAAGUCACAUCUGCAGAGCAAUUACAGAUCAGUAUGAAGCAUUGCUGGAGGAAGUCCAGAGAGUUGUGCCACUUGUGUGGCAGGAAGAUACAUCCAGCCCUUCAGCAGUUCUUGGUCCUGCCAUGACGGCCAACGCUAUUGCUCAGGCUGUGCAGCAGGGCCAAGGCUUAGACAGUGCCAGAACUGAACCUGUUUUGCAAAUUCCACCAAUUCUGAAGAAAGAUGUGAGAUGGAAACUUCACAUGCUCCAAGGUGCAGAUAAAUAAUCAUUGUUAUCUUGAUAGAAAUUCUUCAGUGAAUUAAUGCAGCUUUGAAGAGCUUGGAAAUGUACCAGACUAGAACUGCAGAAUGAAUCUGAAAAAGUUUCAGGAAUGAAACAUAGAGUGAAACAACCUUGAUAUGAAUGUAUGAAAAUGAGGAAACACUAGUAUUGUCAUCCUAGUUAUAUUUUAGUUACUGUGGUAUAACUACUGUUUUAAUAUGGAUGCUGACAAGGAUUUGUUUGAAUACUACCAAGCUAAACUUGAAGAGCAGAACAGCUUUCCAUAUUUAUAAUUUGCCAUUUGACCUUGCAAGCAGGUCAGGUUAAAGCUUGUUAGCUUGCCCACAAAAACAACUCUGCUGUAUUGUACACACUGCAGGUGUAGAUGUUACACAACAAACAAACACCAUCUACCCUCUAAGGCAAAAUGGGCCAGGUAGAUUUAGUCUAUCAUCUGAUCAAACACUAUUUGUCUUAUUUUCACAUCCUUGUUAAAAUGUUGCAAGAAAAAAGCAUUGUUUGUUUGUUCACAAUAUACAAGUAAUAAAAUUCCUACUGAAA